AUGUUCCCUCAAUUCUUUACUCUCUUCCUCGCCCUCGUCUUUUUCCAUGGAUCUCAGGCAGCAAAUCCCCUCGUCGAUUUCGACCGCAUGGGAAAAGUUGGCCUCGCAGGCGCUUUUGCUGGCCUAGAUUUCUUCAAUGGCUCGACAGCAGCUUUCGAUCCUACAACCUCCACUCUGCUAUCACGCGCCUCGGAUGGCUCGUUAACACGUCUUGCGUCCACUAACGUGGGUGGAAGUAUCCUUACUGGAUGUGCCCUAGGCAACGUGUUCUACCUGGCAGGCAGCUUCUCCUCUGUUAAUGGCGUUUCAGCAGCAAAUAUCGCCUCCUACACCACUUCCUCAGGCACAUUUGCAGCACUCGGUUCGGGAGGUCCUAAUGGCCAGAUAAACACAGUUUUCUGUGAUACGAAAGGGGAAAAAGUUUGGGUUGGUGGAAAGUUUUCAGCACCAGGUGCAUCCGUUGCGAUCUUCGACAUCAAGGCCGCGUCUUGGUCUGGUCCGCCCUUCGCUGGCAUCUCGGGUGCUGGUGCAGAAGUCACCUCCAUCACGACCAACUCCUCAGACACGAGUCUCUUCUUUUCCGGCUCGUUUGUAACAGCCUUUGGCAAUGCCAACGCGGUUUUAAACGGUACCAACAAUCCGAAUGUCCCCUUUUCCCCCGGCGCUUCACCGUUUUCCUCAUCUUUGGUACCCAUUCCAUUAACAAGCGCAAACAUUCAGAUCCAAGGUCAACCCUCCUCUUUGCAAACUGGCUUCACUGAUAUCCGCAAUGCGCUCUGCCCGGCUGGUGCUGACGGGCCUGGGAAUUCUUGGUUUGCCCAGGACAACUCUACACCGUUGAUCAAUGUUCAGACUUUUUCAUCGAUUUUCGCCAGUGGCGUGCGUCUUGGAAACACCUUCCAGCCUAAUCAUGGAACUACGGGCUUUAGUGUUACCACGCUUCCGGAUAACAAAGUCCAGACUUUGAAAUACGUUGAUCCAACUACAGGCCAAAACCAAACGUGCACCGAUCCCUGCCCACUCUCUACCGAUCCAUCCGUUCUGUAUCAAGAUUUUCUUUUUAACGGCGAUCUCACCAUUACUGGCGUGCAAAUUAAGCUUUCUCAGUUUACGGGAUCAGGCCCAGGUCUUCACAUCCUCCAGCUUCUUUCAUCAGGUGCAUUUGCGUCCUCAAUAGAUGCCAACAACGGGCAGUCUUGUUUUGCUCCGAACCCCUCAAAUACAACGAAGAAUGGGGAUUGGUUUUCAAAGGUUGCCAACACCAAAAUUCCUGGAACUGUACAAACAGUAUUGGUAUCUGAUGUAAUUAUUGGUACCCCGUCGGCCUCAGGCCCCUCUUUCACCUGGAAUCCUUACAUAUCAGGUGCUGGAGACUACGAUGUGAACCUUCUCAUUCCAGGGUGCACCAACUUCCAAGACUGCCCCCUCCGAACUGACGUUAAGGUUCAGAUGUUCCCCGGUCCAGGGCUCAAUCCCAUCAUCACAACAAUCUCUCAAACAAAUCAAGAUGACGCUUCGGUUUUGAUUUACAGCGGUCCCGUCCACCCUUCAACAACAGAUUUCGGCGUCACAAUCACCAUGUCUCUGGCUGAUGAACCCUCAGGAAACGGCCAAGGCGGGAAAUUUGAGAUUAUCGCUGAUCGCGUGCAGUUCGUCUUGAAGUCCGCAACCGUCUCGACCUCCGGGGAUAACAACGGGUCGACAGUUGGCGGCACAGGUCUAGUGCGUGGGUUUGGAUUCUUGGAGUGGCCUCUUUCUUCAACCUCUGUGGACCCUUCUGUUGAUGGCAAAACAGCUUUUCCCAAUACCACCUUGACAGCAUUAGAUAGUCUCGGGUUCGAUUUGCUCAAUGGAAUGGGAGGAACUUCUGCAUUAGUUUCGGCAGGGCUUAGUGUCAAUGCUGUUGCCCAUCACCCAUCUGGAAUUUUUGUUGGAGGUUUAUUCACCCUUACCUCAGGGCCAGCAUCCGGUAGCUCAAACAUAGUCAUUUUCAAGAACGGCGCUUUGGCGAGUUUGGCUGAAGGUGGGCUUAAUGGUGAGGUGACGGCGCUGGCCCUCAUUGGUGAUCAACUGUUUGUCGGUGGUUCUUUCAAUGGCACAGAAUCAGGAUCCACUUCCAACUUGCGCAACAUCGCUGUAUACGAUAUCCAGAAGAAUUCAUGGAGCUCAUUGGAUGGUGGCCUUAAUGGAAACGUCGCUUCGCUUGGUUUGGCUAAUGGACAGCUCCAGGUAGCAGGAAACUUUACCGAAACCGUCUCAGCAAGCAACAACAUUGGCGGAAUUUCUGUGACUGGAUUUGCAAACUGGGAUAUCAAAUCUGGCUCCUGGGUCAACAGCGGAGGGUUUGUAGCAGGCAAGAUGACUUUCAUAGGGAACAGCACCUCGUCCGAAUCUCAGUUCAUCGCUGGCAAUGUUGCUGCUUCUCAAAAAUUCGGGGCUAGCGGCCUCGUCAUGCUCAAAAACAACGGAGAGAAUGGACCAAGUGUCACGCCCCUUUCUAUUGGUCUCGAUUCCGGUGUUUCAUCGCAAUCUACCGCCGCCACCAAGUUGCGUCGCCGCAGUCAAUUACAGCUGCCCAGUUCCAGCGCUUGGAUCUCGCACAUGAAAUUCUCGCAUAUCUUUUCCAGGCAAAGUAACACUAACCAAAUCCCCACACUAUCUGCACCACUUCCGGCUCCUGGACCUGCUGUCUUGGCAGGUGCUUUCUGGACCAACAAAACUUCAAACAAGGAGUUGACUAUCUUGGGAGGCAAUUUCACAUUCACCCCACCGGGGUCCACGACAUUUGCAGUCGGCGUUGCUAUCUAUGAUCCUAUAUCAGGUAGCAUUCAAGCACUAUCUGGACCUCAAAUCAAUGGUACCGUCAGGACUCUUCUCGUCGAUGAUAAUUCUUUAUACGUUGGUGGCGAAUUUACCCUGUCGGCAGGAUCUGACACCGCAGUGAAUGGACUUGCAUUGUACGACCUUGCCGCCAACGCUUGGGAUUUGAAUGGGUUGCAAAUUCUACAACCGUCGCCUGGUUCCAGCGUAGUUGUUCGUUCUAUCUCCAAGUCAACUUCCAAACCGACCACUGUCAUCGUCGCUGGUAGCUUUUCUCAAGCUGGCUCGCUGAGCUGCCAGGCCAUCUGCAGUUUUGAUACAGUUACCAGGCAAUGGAAUGCUUUAGGAAACGGUAUUCAGGGGCAGGUUGCCUCUGUGAGCUAUGCUGGGGACAAUCAAAAUACUUUAAUAGCUGCAGGGUCGAUCUCCCUUUCUGACAACACUGCAUCCAAUGUUGUACAGUAUAGUCUCCAGAAUGCGACCUGGUCUGCAAUUGGAUCUGGCUCGGACAUUCCUGGGCCUAUCUCGGCGGUUGGUGUGAACAGCGGCAAUGCGAGCAGUAUAUUCGCUGCUGGAAAGUCAACCGAUGGAUCUUCUUCCUUCUUGUCUUUCUGGGACGGCAAUAAAUGGUCAACACUUGGGUCCACAUUCCAAGAAGGUACCACUGUUGCUCAACUGACCAUGGUUCCUCUGCAAAAUUCCCAUGAUGCCAAUGGAGUCAUUGAAUCAGAUCGAGUGCUCAUGAUAUCAGGAUCCUUAUCUACAACGGCUGGCAAUUCAUCUUCCGCUCUCUUCGACGGACGAAAUCUAAUCCCUUUUAUCGUCUCGACAUCGGCGACUGGCUCAGCUGGCUCUGUCUCCUCGCUAUUCCACUCUUUUUCGUCUUUCAGCUUUAGCCAACGCAAAUUCCUAGCCACUGGCGUAGUCAUCCUAAUUUCAAUUGCAAUUGCAGCAGGCGUGGUGUUCCUCCUGGCCUUGAUAGGAAUUCUAUGGACCCUAUUCUCACGCAAAGAAGAUAAACUCAACAAGUAUGAUGUGGCUGAAGACGAAGAUGAUGACUCUACACGUCAUAGACCAUCAUCGCUCUUAGAACACAUUAACGCAGCCACUCGCACUACUAUCAUUGGAGCUAGUCCGUACAGCAAUUCCUCCGAGAAGGAAGAACAGACGACAGGCAGCCCUCAUGCUGAUCAGGAUCCAUUUGGACCUGACGCUAGUAAUUAUAUGCGUGCGGAGACGCCAUCCGACGCGGUUGGUGGCUUGUUGGGUGAAGAAACCAGUCGGCCAGCGCAUGCUCGAUAUUCCUUCGAUGGAACUGGAGAGGGCGAGCUACCUAUCUCGUCAGGGGCGGAGGUUGAAGUAUUAGAUGAUAGAGAUCCUGCGUGGUGGUACGCGCGCGAUGUGCGGACGGGGCAGGAAGGCGUUGUGCCAGCCGCUUAUUUAUAUUGA